ACGCACUCUCGGUCAAAGAGAUCCCAGCCCAGCGACGCCCUCGGUCGAGGGAGCCCGGCGAGCGAGGGACUGAGGAGGGAAGGUGAGGAGAGCUCUGUCGAGGGAGGGGAGGGGAGCGAUGUGCCCUCGGUCGAAGGAGCCCGUCGACGCACCCCGGUUGAAGGGGCGCGGCGAGCGAUGCACCGUUUGUCGAAGGGAUCUCGGCGCGCUAGGUUGGAGGGACCAAGGGAGCCCGGCGGCGCACUUAGGGUUAAUUGUUACCACGCUCCCCCCACGUCCCACCCUUCCCCAUCUCCUCGCCCUCAGGAGCUUACCUCGCCCUUCCUCCCUCGCAUUCUCGUCCUCGCCUACCCUCUCGCACCCACCUCGUCCUCGCACCCUCUUUCCUGCGAGCGAGGCGAAGAGAGUCGGAAGGGCGGGCCGUGCACUGCGCCCUCGCUCGCGCGUGCAAGGGGAAACAAAUGCGAGGCGAGGAGAAGAACUGAGCUGCGGCGAGUGUUUAGCAAUUAGCAAUAGUGCUCACCAUAGUACAUGCCAUCCGCGGUCACUAGCGCGUCUCUCGCCCGCAGGAAGUGGGCAUUCCCUAAAUAUCACAGGAAGUGGUCAUCCCCUAAAUAUCACCGCGCUUCAAAUCGGAAUGGAGCUGAUCGAUGUCGAGGAGGGGCACGUAGCCAAGGAGGGGGUUUUCAUGAUGCUUCGUCACGAUCCAUGAUCGAGGUCACGGUACACGAUGCUUCUUCACGGUACAUGAUGCUUCGUCACGGUACA